AUGGUUCGCAAGAGACAACAGACGCCUUUUCGAAAAAGCGUUGGUACUUCGGCAAAAAGCACCAAAGAGCCGGAAAAAAUCGAAGAGACUACUGAUACUGGAGAUGAUAUGAAGCGGCAGAUGAUGCAGAUGAUGGGAAAAUUUCAGAAAUUUGUGGCUUCUGAUUCUCAGCAGGCUCGGAAGACUGCCCCAAAACAGGAUCAAGGAAAAAAUGGGCAGAAGGAAAAGAAAGAACUGGUCCUCGAAAACAUCAACCAAGCAAUUUCAGCGAUGGAAAGUUACAAGGCUAACUUCGUGAAAAUGGACACCCUGCUCGAAAAAAUCAACGCAAUAGGAAAAAACAAGGAAGACGCGAAUCCUCAAGAAAUCUUGAACGAGACUCUUCGAGAAUUGGAGACGAAGCAACAAGACGAGGAAGGAAUUCUCAUCUGA